AUAAAAGAUUUCAAGAAAUACUUAAUUAAUGAAACCAUAACAAGACACGUCUACCGAUCCCUUUGCAUUUGCCUUCAAUCCUCAAAAUAUUGAAAAUACAGUCAAUAAGGCCAAGAAUACAUUAGACAAUCCCUUUAUUGGGAUGGCUUACGCUGGCCUUGGAAAAAAAUUUUCUGGCAUUGGAGAUAAAUACGAUUCAUUUCUGAAUUCAGUAUUCAGCAGUCAAUAUAGAUUUUAUUUUGACGUGGACAACAUGUAUGUAGUGAAGAAAUCCAUCAUGACACUCGCCCCUUAUCUUUAUAGAGGAAAUUGGACAUUAAACAGUGAGUUUUAGGCUAUUUCACCAACAGAGAAUGUUCAUGCUCCUGAUCUCUAUUUACCAUUGAUGAGUUUAGUGACAUUUGUUCUCCUGAGGUGUUUGAGCCUUGGAAUUAAUGACAAGACCUAAUUCAGUCCAGGCUAUAUUGUAGAUUCCUUCUGGAAAUGCUUUGUUAUAUCCCUCUUGGAAGUAAUAAUAAUAAAAAUCGUUUUUUGCUUUUUGGAUGGAAUUAGGGUCAACACUGUUGACCUUGUUUCACAUUUAAAUUACAGAUAUUGCAGUUUAUGUGCCUUAAUGGUAUUCAACAUUCUGACAAAUGGCAUUUUUUCAUUCGUUGGCACAAUAUAUGUACUCAUUUGUUAGGCCAUCUUUAUUUACAAAACAUUACAAAGAUAUAGUCCAUCUCACAAUUAGAGUGCCCUUGAAUUGAGUAGUUUUGGUUCCAAUAUUACAUUAGUAUUAGCAUUUUUACAGCCAGCAUGCUCUUGGGUUAUAUUGUCUUUUGGUUAAUGA